CAUUAUGCGCAUUCUGUUCGCGUUACAAAGCUACAAACGCAGUGUGCAUUUUGCCUCGACACGCGACACUCAACAGUGAGGCCUCACGACGCUAGAGGCUCGUCGCGCGAAACGAAAACCAACGUCGCAAGUGGCUUGACAUUUUAGCAGCAGCAGCAGCAGCAUGUGGGAGGCGCCCGGCUUCGACUAUUGGGCGCGGCUGGUCAGGCUGCUCCGGGCGGGCGGCAUCGACCCACCCGACGAGGCUCGUAUCGCGCUCAUAGCGCGGCACCUGAGCUCGCGCAUGCUCGCGGCACACACCGUGGCCGCAGCUCGGGAGCUAUACGAAGACGGCCUGUACCUGCCGCCGCCGCCGUACCCCUCCUUUCAGCAACUGAUGUCCAAGCACGCCGGCCUGACACUGGCCGGCCCCGCCUUCCCCGACGUGCACCUGCGCCUGCCGUACAUGCGGCACCGGAACGACAGCGGCGGCGGCGGCGGCGGCGGCACGGGCGGCCUGUGUCGCCUGCUCACGGCCACCUGCAGCACCAGCGGACGCCCCAUGCUGGUCAAGCUGCUGCAGCCGCCGCCGCCGCCGCCCACUGCUGCCGAGGCGGCGGCGGCGGAGGGAUCUGGAGUAAACGGACGCGGCGGCCACUACUCGUGUUGGUAGGUGUCGACAGCUGGCAGCAUAGCUGGCUGCGCCUGCGUUGUGUCGCUGCUGUUGUGGCUGUUGCAAUGGGUUUACGGCAUGAACGGAGUUUGAAUCCCUGUUGUUAGUUGUUGAGUCCUUUCGUUUGGAGUCCCGCCGGAGUGCUGCAUCAUCACAAGGCAUGGCCCGGCGGCCCGGUUCAUUCACGCCCCAGCGCUGUAAGUGUGUAGUAAU